AUGAAGGUUAUCAUCGUAGGCGCCGGUAUAGGUGGUCUAACAUGUGCUAUUGCCUGCCGACGCGAAAAAUUGGAUGUGAUUGUCCUCGAACGCAGCUCCGUACUCUUGCCCGUCGGAGCAGGUAUCCAAAUUCCGCCCAAUGGCCUGCGGGUCUUGCAGGAGCUAGACCUCAAGCAAGAGGUCCUGGAGAAAGGGGCGAUUGUCGAAUCAAUGGAUCUUCGACGGUACAAGGACGGUGGACUCAUUACAUCAAUGGAAUGUGGUCAGACGGUCGCUCGUGAGUAUGGAGGUCCAUGGGUGGCUCUGCUUAUGGGGGCAAAAGUAUGCUUCGGAGCUACUGUCGAUGAUUUGGAUGUCGAGAACACACAGGUUAUUCUCGAGGGUGGCGAGACAGUGGCAGGGGAUAUUAUCGUUGGUGCCGAUGGACUAUGGUCAAAAGUCAGGGACGCAAUUUUUGAUCGACCUGUUCCACUCAUCGAGACGGGUGAUAUGGCCUACCGUGCAGUUUUUCCAAGGAAGCAACUUGAGAACCUUCACAAUCCGGAGAUAGACAGUCUUUGUAGCAAGACUUCUGUCACCGCCUGGCUAGGGCCAGAGAAACAUGCCGUCUUCUACCCGGUACGAGGGGGUGAAGAAUAUAACCUGGUUCUGCUGCAACCUGACAAUUUACCUACUGGAAUACGUACAAAUGAGGGUGACUUGGAGGAAAUGAAAUCAGCUUUUCGUGAUUGGGACGCGACACUUCAGAAGUUGAUCUCUUGCAUAUCAUCCGUAGUUAGGUGGAAACUAUGCCGCCUUCCGGAAUUAGAUACCUGGAGCAAGGGCUCUGUCACACUACUAGGAGACGCUUGUCACCCAACACUCCCAUAUCAAGCUCAAGGUGCCGCAAUGGCAGCAGAGGACGGCGCUGUGCUGGGAAUGCUAAUGGGCUCGGUUGUUGAACGGAUAGACACCCAAACGGACUCUUUGGACGCGACACUUGGAGGCUUGAUCUCCGAGUCCCUCUACGUCUACGAGGAUCUACGCAAGGCACCCACGACAGCCAAUGUCAAUGGCGCACUUAGAAACCGCGGCGCAUUCCACAUGCGAGAUGGUAUCGUGCAAUGGAUGCGAGAUUUUGUUUUGGGGUAUUCCGGUAUGACACGGGAGACUGACUGGAUUGGUCUCAUGUCAAGGCGCCAGUCCCACACUCUGUCGGCUGAUCCUAUGCAAGAGUGUAAGAAACGGAUAGGGAGAGCGUGA